CAGACGGUUCGACGUUGACGUUCGGAGGACAUCGGAAAGGAAAAGUUGAGCAUCGAGCUAAACCGGUGAGAGGUUUCACAGAUCGUAGAUGGAACAUCGAGCAUCGAGGCUGUGCGUGGAAGGAGAAACCGGUGGAAGGAAUAUAUGCAUAAAAGGUUUUACCGGCGGUGUUCGAACCGCAGUUUCGUACGGUUGGGUAUCGAGCGAACAAAUAUAACAAGAAAAUUAUGUAUUCUCUAGCCAUAGGAAUCUUUAUUUGCGGUCUCCGCGUAAUCGUGGCAGCAAACGUUCAGUCGGAAUUCGAGGCGGCCAAAAUCGUGCCGGAAAUUAUAGAUUCGGCGCCCGUCGAGAAGAUCGAGGUCAGCUAUGGAGAUAAAGCGGUCGAGCUUGGAAACGAACUGACACCGACCGACACGCAACAGAUACCUCAGAUCCACUAUAAACACGAUGGAGGAGUUCUCUACACGCUCGUAAUGACAGAUCCUGAUGCACCGACAAGGAAGGGCUACAAUCGCGAGUUCCGGCAUUGGCUCGUUGGAAACAUACCGGAGGAGAACGUCGCGAAAGGAGAGGUACUCGCCGAAUACGUGGGCCCGGCGCCACCCAAAGGGACCGGAAAGCAUCGAUACGUUUUCCUCGUUUACAAACAGAAUCAAGGAUCCAUCACGUUCGACGAGAGAAGGCUGAGCAACAGGGACGGCCAACAGAGGAGACGAUUCUCUAUAAAGAAAUUCGCGGAGAAGUACAAUUUAGAGGGUCCGAUAGCGGGAAACUUUAUGAAAGCGGAGUACGACGACAAUGUGCCGAAGUACGCGAAGCUGCUAGGAUUUUAAGCGCGGCACAGGCUUCCGGUACAUCCGGCCCGUCGUUUCAGAACACAUAGAGCGAUAAAGGUGGUGGUACUAAUUGUAAGAGGAACCCAGAUUCGGAUACGAUCCGCGCUACGAGCAUCGAUGGAGACACGUUGGUGCGAUUCAAUAAAGUUUCAACGAUAAAAACAUGUACGAGAAAA